GGCAGGCCGCGCGCGUCCGCAGCCCAGAGCCCCGCGCUGUCCCCGCGCGUCCCGCUGCGUCCCGCUGCCGCCGCCGCGCCCCGGCCCCACCAUGCUUCUGCUGCUCGGGCUGUGCUUGGCGCUGCCGCUCUGCGCGGGGUCGCUGGAAGAGGCGCGGGGCUGGGGGGACACUCCGGAGCAAGUUGGACUCAGGGUCCCGAGGCAACUCAGACUGCUGCAGAGGCUGAAAACCAAACCCUUGAUGGCAGAAUUCUCAGUGAAGUCCACCAUUAUUUCCCGGUAUGCCUUCACUACGGUUUCCUGCAGGAUGCUGAACAGAGCGUCUGAGGACCAGGAAUUCGAGUUUCAGAUGCAGAUUCCAGCCGCAGCUUUCAUCACUAACUUCACCAUGCUCAUUGGAGACAAGGUGUAUCAGGGGGAAAUUACAGCGAGAGAAAAGAAAACCGGUGAUAAGGGGACAGCGAAAAGGAAUAAAACCACAGAAGAUAAUGGGGAGAAGGGGACGGAAACCUUCAGAGCCUCCGUGGUGCUGCCCAGCAAGGACAAGGCGGCCUUCCUGCUCAGCUACGAGGAGCUCCUGCAGAGGCGGCUGGGGAAGUACGAGCACGCGGUCAGCGUGCGGCCCCAGCAGCUGGUGGGGCGGCUGACGGUGGAGGUGGACGUGCUGGAGCCGUCGGGCAUCUCGGCGCUGGAGGUGCCGCGGCUCCAGAACAGCGGGCACCGCGGCGGCGGCGGCGGCGGCGGCGCGCGCGGGGACGAUGAUUUGGAGCCCCCUCCUUCUACUGUUAUCAACCAAAACGAAACGUUUGCCAAAAUCACUUUUAAGCCCAGUGUGGUCCAGCAAGCCAAGAUUGCCCAGAAUGGCAUUUUGGGAGAUUUCAUCGUUAGAUAUGACGUCAACAGGGAUCAGAGCAUUGGGGACAUCCAGGUUCUGGAUGGCUAUUUUGUGCACUACUUUGCCCCCAAAGACCUUCCUCCUUUACCCAAGAAUGUGGUGUUUGUGCUCGACAGCAGUGCCUCCAUGGUGGGGACCAAGCUCCGGCAGACCAAGGACGCCCUCUUCACGAUUCUGCAUGACCUCCGACCCCAGGAUCGUUUCAAUAUCAUUGGAUUUUCCAACCGGAUCAAGGUCUGGAAGGACCAUUUGGUGUCGGUUACUCCCAACAACAUCAGAGACGGCAAAGUCUACAUUCACCACAUGUCACCCACUGGAGGUACGGACAUCAACGGCGCCCUGCAGAGGGCCAUCAGGCUGCUCAACGACCUCGUGGCCCACAACGACGUCGAGGCCCGCAGCGUGUCCCUCAUCGUCUUCCUGACGGAUGGGAAGCCCACCGUCGGGGAGACCCACACGCCCCAGAUCCUCAACAACACCAGGGAGGCCGCCCGGGGCCAGGUCUGCAUCUUCACGGUGGGCAUCGGGGAUGACGUGGACUUCAAGCUCCUGGAGAAGCUGUCCCUGGAGAACUGCGGGCUCACACGGCGCGUCCAGGAGGACGAGGACGCGGGCUCACAGCUCAUCGGAUUCUAUGAUGAGAUCAGGACCCCUCUCCUCUCGGACAUCCGCGUGGAUUAUCCACCCAGCUUAGUGGAGCAUGCCACCAGGACCCUGUUCCCGAACUACUUCAACGGCUCAGAGAUCGUCAUUGCGGGGAAGCUGGCGGACAAGGGGCUGGGCCAGUUGCACGUGCAAGUGACGGCCAGCAACAGUAAGAAGUUCGUCCUACUCAAGAAGGACGUGCCCGUGGAGCCUCGGGAGGUGGAGAGCGACGUCCCCGGGAGCUCCAAGCCCGAGGGUGGUGGCCAGGACCCCAACCACCUGGAGCGUCUCUGGAGCUACCUGACCCUGAAGGAGCUGCUCAGCGCCUGGCUGCAGAGCGACGGCGAGCAGGACAGGGAGCGGCUGAGGCAGAAGGUGCAGGCCCUGGCCGUGGACCACCGCUUCCUCACCCCGUUCACCGCCUUGAAGUUGAGAAAAUCAGCACCGCAGACAGCGACCCUGGAGGACGCCUACGGCGUGUCCGCAGCCACAGGACCGGAGACGGUGACGCAGAGCCUGCGAGGCGCCCACCUGCAGCCAGGACCUGCUCUCAAGAAGCCAUACGACCCGAGAAUUCGAAUCUCCAAGACAUCAGCGGACGGAGACCCCCACUUCGUGGUGGAUUUCCCCUUGAGCAAGCUGACCGUCUGCUUCAACAUUGACGGGCAGCCCGGGGACAUUCUGAGGCUGGUCUCUGAUCACGCGGACUCCGGUGUGACGGUGAAUGGAGAGUUAAUCGGGGCUCCAGCUCCUCCAAACGGCCACAAGAAACAGCGCACUUACUUCCGAACCAUCACCAUCCUCGUGAACAAGCCCGAGAGGUCUUACCUGGAGAUUACACCGAACAGAGUCAUCUUGGACGGUGGGGACAGGCUGGUCCUUCCCUGCAACCAGAGCACCGUGGUGGGGAGCCGAGGGCUGGAGGUGUCCGUGUCCGCCAACGCCAACAUCACCGUCACCAUCCAGGGCACCGUGGCCUUCGUCAUCCUCAUCCACCUGUACAAAAAGCCAGCCCCCUACCAGCGGAACCACCUGGGCUUCUACAUCGCCAACAGCAAAGGCCUUUCCAGCAGCUGCCACGGCCUCUUAGGUCAGUUCCUGAACCAGGAGGCCAGACUCACCGAGGAGCCUGCCGGGCUCGGCAAGAGCCCUGCUAAGCCUCCCUCCCCCAAGGCAGGCGAGCUGUCUCAGGCUGUCCUCAAGGUCAAAGACCACCAGGUCCCCGUGGUGUGGAAGCAGAGGAAAAUCUACAACGGGGAAGAGCAGGUGGACUGCUGGUUUGCCCGGAACAACGCUGCCGACCUGAUCGACGGGGAGUAUAAGGACUACCUGGCGGCCCAUCCCUUUGACUCAGAGAUGGCCUUCGGCCUGCGCCCCUCCAGGGGGCUCUGACAGCAGCAGCCUUAACGCACGAGCGGUGACAGGGGAACGCCUUCGGGGGCCCCGUGGUGCGGUGCUUGUCACUUGCACGUGCCUGGUCUCUUGACAGGUGGCUGCCACCUGGGACGCACCCUUGGCGAUGAGAGGGCCGCUGUCUGCUUGAGCAAAGGGUGGGGGCGGGACGUUGACGUGCGAGUGGGAUUUCCUCCCCUCCCGCUCCCCCGUCUCCAGUAGCCAAAGGUGGCGGCACCAAGUGGAUAAGUCACGGUUAAAAGCAAGACGUCUCUGUCUUGUACAACUGGCCUGUCCUUGUCACAGCUCACUGUAGGGUGACUGACGAAGGAAGGUGGCCAUAAAGUUUGUUUUCUCUGUGGAAAUGGCCAGGUCUGGAGACUCCGCUUUUAGCUUCAUACUAACGCUUACGAAUCUCCCCUCUUUGUGCUGCUGUGCUCUCCGGGGGUCUGGCCAACUCUGCCUCAGGGGGCCCUCUCGCUAGGCCCAGGCCACCGGUCGCUCAGCUAGCACGUAGAUUCGAGCCUUGUAAACAAUCUGGUCUUUUCGCAGGAGAGGAUUUUCUUCUGCUGUGGUGUCUUGCCCCUGGAAAUUUGUUUUCCUUUUUAAAGAUUGAUUCAGAAUAGAAACCCUGCAUCAUCCCAGAUCACCGGUAUCUUUCUAAUGGGCUCUGCAAACCGCCUGGCCUUGUGGACGGAGAGUCUCCUAUUUAUUUCAGAAAAGCUGCGCGCCUCUGAUAAACAAGGCAGCCCGCGUGGGUGUGCACCCAUCCCUGGAGCUGGCCAGCUGGGUGAGGAGUCCCUCACGGGGCUCUUCAGCCUUGGUCCUGAUUCCGACCUGGCGUGCUCCCCGGUGCCCCGGGAGCUGAUAAAUUUGGCUCUCACAGAAGGGGGAUGGGAGGGACCGUCAGCCAGCGCGCGCCCACCGGCCGGCCUGCGGGAACCAAACUGCUCGUUCUCAGCAGGAAAUGCAGACGUGCUUCUGCAUCUAAGAAGCACAUCUGUCUGCCCACAUCCCACACGGGCAGGGCCAGGGAGCGGCACGAGCACAGGGCUUUGGCUGCAGAGCGAGGGCAAAUCUGGUUCCAUCAGGGAAAGGCUAAAAUGGGGGCCCGGGGGUGGCUUCAAAAGUCAGUGGGUGUCACCCUCCCCAUUGUGGAACCCAUAAAGCCCGCUCACAUUAACCAGGGGAGGGGGGACCGACGGGGCCUCAGAGCCUCCCUUCUCCCCUCCUCUCAGGCUUUUUGCUCUGCUCUGUCUUCUCAGGGUCACAGGGGUUCUGUCAGCCUGUUCCCCAUUGCUGUCGGGGGUGUUGGAGCCAAACAGCAGAGACAGAAAGCUUUGGGUCAAAGAAAUGGAAGCUUUGGAUGGGAGAGCGAAUUAAAUAAAGGCUUUCGUGCCGGCUUCAUGGAAGUGUCUUCCAGCGGGGAGUGACUCUAGGCCAUGUGGGAGCAGACCUAGCGCUUGGAGAGGAACGGGAGUUAAGAAAACUGUUUAUCUGGUUUGCUCUCCCGUGGGAAUCAUCUGAGCAGCAGAACGACACCCACGUGUUCCCGUGGACCAGGGGCUUGGGCUUCGGGAGUUUAGUUCUUUUCGCGCAGGGGGUUGGGGGCAGGGAGGAGGGGUCCGGUCUGUCUCAGGGCCUCCGUCUCUCCCCGCGCUGUGAGCCCGCCGGACCGCGACUGGCAGCUGUGUCGCUUCUGACCCAGCUCCGCUGCCUGUUCCCACGCCAGCGGGGCGAAGGCCCCCGCCCAGGCCGCGACAGCUGCUUCCAGAUGUCAGAGCUCAGAGGAGGGAGGAGCGGGAGGCCGGGUGGCCAGCGCGCGGUCCGGCCCGCGGGGACCUCCCUGUUACGUAAACCUCGGUCCCCGCCGGGCAGGCGCCCCCGGAGCGCGCUGUGAGCACCGGCGCGGGGGCCCGUGGUCCUCGCGGCUGCGGGCAGGGGGCCUCCCGCUCCAGGGCCGCCUCAGCUGAGAGCCGAGAAGGCUGUUCCAGCCGGACACCCGCCCCUCACUCCCCCUUCAGCCGAACACCCUCCACGUUUGUCCAAGUAGGAGGGGUGAGCUUGCAUUUGAGCGUUUUUACUUUAAUCCCACUCUUCUUUCUCCGCCUCUUUAGUUGUCGCUCCCUUUUGACUGCGACAGGCCUGUGCCGUGACGUUUUCUGUUUUAGCCGGACUGCGACACCCGCGAGCCCGGUACUCACACGCGGGCAGACUUCAGUUCCUUUCAAUUUGACUGAAAAAUGAUGUAUUUUCUAGUGGCCGCGGGUGCUGCGAAGAGCAAGGGCUUUUCGAGCAAACGCAGAGGAAAGGAGGGGUUCGCUUCUAGGCUGGGGAAAUGGAGGCAGAGUGCGGUGGGCGGUUCUCCUCCCCACGUUGCAGGAAAGACGAAGAGCAGAGCCAGGCUGAGCCCCUGGAACUCGCUGGUUAGCUUUGACGCCGUGUCACCAUCUGGGCCAUCGCUUCUUUGCCUUGAGCAUUUAUAAGGAAAGUGGGGUCCAGGAGACUAAAUGAGCAGUUGAAUGAGGUCGGGAGGGACACUGAAGCUAGAGAGGACAGACCUCAAGUUACACCGCUGCUAAUGUCAACGAGUCGUGAAAACUGACCAGCUGGGCUUUUCAGUGAGUCCCCACCCCCGGGUUCCUAAUCCCCUCCCUCAUCUGAAAAUGAGAGGCAUCUGAAUGGGUCAUCUUCAAGUGUCCUUUAAUUUAAAGUCUCACCUUCCCAAACAAAAUGGACGGAACGUUCUCUACCCACUCAUGUUAGGUGCUUUGUCUUCUUCUGUCUGACUUUCCAGCGGUUCUCUGGUUCAGGAUGCAGGGAGGGCGGGUUCGACACCCCAUCUCGCCGGGCACCUUGGAUGCGGGGCUCUGGGAAUGGGAGAGAGCGCCUCUUUGAUUCUAUCAGUCAUCACAUUAGAUCUUUAACUGAAUCAUGUAUCCUCACAGGUGGAUUAAGCACAGGAUUCGUUUCUAUAAGUUUACGUCUUGCCUGAACUGAAUGCUAUGGACAGAAUGUUCAUGUCCCCCCAACAAAUGCAUAUGCUGGAGCCUAAGUUAAACCCCCACUGUGAUGGCACUAGGAGGAGGGGCGUUCGGGAGGUGAUGAGGUCAUGACGGUGGAGUCCUCGUGGUGGGGUUAGUGCCCUUCUAGGAAAAGAGAUGAGAGAUGAUCUUUCUUUUCCCCACCCUGUGAACACAACGAGAAGAACGCCUUCCAAAAUCAGGAAGUGGGCUCUCAUCAGACACCAGGUCUGCUGGCGCCUUGAUCUUGGAUUUCCCAGCCUCCAGAACCGUGAGAAAUAAACAUUUGUUGUAUGAGCCACGCAA